ACAAAACAUAGAUACAAUUCUUUCUUUGGAGAAGUUCAGUCAAAAAUUCUCAAGUUAGUUUUAUAGUACACUGUCAGCUCCUGAUAUAAAACCGUUGUAACCAGACAACUAUCUUAAUUUCUCCAUACAUUAGAUCGUGUUCGGUUAUUGCUAUUUCAGGGUUAGCGAUUUGUUGUCCAUCAGAUCCCGGAGUCUGUCCACAUACGCAUUUUUGUUUACCCGAGAUGGAACACUAGCCACUCAAACUAUGCAUGUUCUACAUGAAAUCAUCAUGCUCUGUGUGUAUUUUUAAGCUGCUUUGGAGAGGGAGUGCGUGCUUUGGUGUUCAGUCUCAAGAUGAUCGAGGUGGUGGCCUCCAUGGCCCGAGGGUCCGUGUUCCUGGCCGGGGAACUCAUGGAGUGUCUCAUAACGUUCAGGAAUCCCAUGUCGCAUCUUUCCACCUCCGCCAGCAGUGAGAUGCUGGCGUGGGCCAGCGCCCAGAUCCACUGCCAGUUUCACGCCAGUGAGAGCAGAGUGGCUCUACCCACCAAGGGCAACAAGCAGGACGUCCAGGCUGAAAGUGACACAGUGCUUAUCCCAAGUAGAGGAGAAAGAGGACAAUGUGUGCUGGACACCCCACCGAAGAUACUUUUCUGUGAUCUGUGUCUGGAUCCUGGAGAAAGUAAAACAUAUUCGUACAGCGAAGUUGUGCCUGUCGAUGGUCCUCCCAGCUUCCGGGGUCAGGCGGUCAAGUACGUCUACAAACUGACCAUUGGCUGUCAGAGAGUCAACUCUCCCAUCAAACUGCUCCGAGUCCCGUUCCGAGUGCUGGUCCUGCACGGCAUGCCAGAACCUCCAUUUACGCCAGAUGAGGAGGUCUCCCCUUCAAAUCCAUUUCUGGAAGAAGAGGAAGCUAGUCGUAGAGACGCCCGACCUCUGGAUAGAGCUCUGGACAUGCUGAUGGUCACCACAUCAAGACGAUGCCCCCACAUGUUCAACAUCGCUAAUGGUCGAGGCAAAGUGGUUAAGCUCUGUAUCUUCAAGACGGUGUACAGACUCGGGGAGGAUAUCAUCGGCACCUUCAACUUCUCUGAGGGAGACAUUCCAUGCUUGCAGUAUUCAGUGAGCCUCCAGAGUGAGGAGGAGAUCCAGGAGCAGUACCAGCGACGGCCAGGUCAGGCGCUCAGCGUUACCGGACAUGGACGUCACCUCGAGUCGUGUCUCCACACGGCCUCCAGCCACUUCUCUCUCCCCAUCCCUCUUAAUGUCACCCCGGGUUUCAGCACAGACAUAGUUACCCUGAGGUGGCGGCUGCACUUUGAGUUUGUCACAGCGCGGGACCCGAUGGAGCCGCCGACAGUCCAGCCAAACCAGUCUGAAGUGACCGUUUGGACCGGAGCUGAACAAGUGGACGUGGACACCUUCAGCUGGGACCUACCUAUCAAAGUGCUGCCCACCAACCCUGCCCUGGCAUCCUACGUGUCUCAGUUCUCAGGCACCAACAGCAUUAACAUUUGACUCUGGGCAGAAUUUUAGGAGAACAAACCUACAGUGGUGAUUUUUUUUCUGUGUGAAAUAUGCAUCUUUUUAUGCCUUGUUUUUAAAGUGCACAGCAGGUUAAUGACAUGUGAUAAGCAACUCUGGUGGUUGUGUGUUUCUGUAUUUUUCUACCAUGAUCAUACGCCAUUUAAGGGUACACUUUUAUGACACACUUUUGUUUUACUUCAGUUACUGCAAUGAAAUGUCAUUUUAUUUCAAAGAACCCAAGUAAAACAGAAAUGAUGUGAAAUGAACAUAUAUUUUUUAUUAUUUUUUAAGUAAGAAUACAAUACCACGGAAUAAUACACAUUUAGGUAUAAAAUAUCACAGCAGAAAAAUGGUUUAGGAAAUAUGCACAUGAAAGUUGAUGUUUGCAUGGAGACAGGUUUUCCAAUUACUGGCUACUUAUGUACAGAAUAAUAAUUUUCAUGGAAAACUGUACGGUUGAGAUCUUGUUAUUGUAGUGCUUUGCAACAGAUUAUAUAAAGGCUAAAACCUACCUAGUUCGCACUGAAUUUACAUGUGAGCUAAUUGCAAUUGAAACUGUCUUAAAGCUAAAUAUAUUUUUGAGGAUUUAGCCACAAAUUAAACUCUAUAAUGGACAUGAAUGAUUGUGUGAUACUGUAUGCUGUUGUUCACAUUCAUGACAAACUGUAAUGAAACAUGCAGAGUAUUUUAAGAUAAAUUAUUGCAGCUGGGUUUAACAUAUGUAAAUGGAAUCAAACUUGCGUAAGUGACUAGGAAGUGUGCAGGUUUUAUCUCAGCACAUUAGCCUGGGAGCUGAUUCUGCUGCUGCACUGAUCCAUGGCUGGGGUCCCUGAUGCCCUCUCCAGGGUUGCACGGUUGGCGGGGAUCAGCUCUCUGUACCAGGGUCAGUUUACAGGUAACCGGUUCCACUCGGACCUCGCACCAGGCGGGAAAGUCAACUGGCCGAUGAACCCUAGGACGAAGGAGAAGCAAGAACAUUGAUGCAGAGAAUUUAUAACUAAAUAUUUAAAGCCAAUUUUAAUAGAAAGGAACCAUUAUUGUGUAUUUUCCUGUAUACAAAAAAAUGAAUAUUCUGAGCAUCCUUUGUAAACAGCGCAGCAUUGUCCUUUCACAUUUUUCAGCAAAACGCAUCUUUUAUUGCAGACAAAUACUCAUUGAGAGCACAACAAUCGCGCAUGCAUCUACUCACGUUUCACAGCAGCCGACACCAACAGGGUGCAGACAGGUGCAUUGCAUGCAGGUGUUGUCCAUCCAAGUGUCCCCAAUGGAAAAGUUUCUCCCCUCAAACACACACGGAGCUGUAAAAAGAAAGAAAUAAAAGAA